CUUAGCUCAUCUGCGCAGAAGAAAAGUAGAACUCCAGCUUUGGAUAUUCCAUAAAUGGACAUCCUCUUCGCUCAGAUCCAGGCUGAUCUGCGUUCUAAUGAUGCUCUUCGUCAGUCCGGUGCCCUUUUGCAAGCUCUUCAGCAGUCAGCCGCCGGCAGAGACAUUUCCGUUAUUGCAAAAUCCGCUUGCGAAGAGAUAGUUGCAUCUCCAGCCUCCGCUGUUUGCAAAAAGCUCGCUUUCGAUCUUAUCCGUUCGACUAGACUCACCACUGAUCUAUGGGAGAUUGUCUGCACUGGUAUCCGCGCCGAUCUCGACUUCCCAGACCCAGCUGUCACUGCCGCUGCUGUUUCCAUCCUCGCUGCUAUACCUUCCUAUCGACUCGGCAAGCUUAUUGCCGAUUGCAAUAAGGAAAUCUCCAAUUGCUUUGAUUCUUACAGUGAUAAUCUACGAUAUUCAAUCACUGAAACGCUUGGAUGCAUUCUAGCACGGGAUGAUCUCGUCACUCUGUGCGAGAACAAUGUAAAUUUACUCGAUAGGAUUUCAAAUUGGUGGAGAAGGAUUGGCCAGAACAUGCUUGAUCGAUCUGAUGCAGUUUCGAAAAUUGCAUUUGAGUCCGUGGGAAGGUUGUUUCAGGAGUUCAAUUCAAAGAGGAUGAGCAGAUUGGCAGGUGAUAAACUUGUUGAUAGCGAGAAUUCGCUUGCGAUCCGAUCGAACUGGGUUUCUUUGAUGAUUGAUUACAUUUGGAGGAGGAGGAAUGCCUUGAUGGCCAGAUCUCUGGUUUUACUGAUUGAGAAUUUCGGGGUAACUGUAUUUCCUCUAGUUUUUGCAGUGAAGGCCGUGGCUUCCGGUACAGUAGAGGUUAUCAGGAAGCUUUCCAAAUCUUCUGGAAACCGUAUUAGUAGUAAUGCAAAUAUGUUGGAUUUGGGUAAUGCCGAGAAGCUUGUGGGUGUUUCAGAUGUGGUAACCCAUUUGGUACCGUUCUUAUCAUCUUUGGAUCCUGCUUUAAUAUUUGAAGUAGGGAUUAAUAUGUUGUAUCUAGCUGAUGUCCCUGGAGGUAAGCCUGAAUGGGCUUCUCAAUCCAUUAUUGCCAUUCUCACUCUUUGGGAUAGACAAGAGUUCUCUUCUGCUAGAGAAAGUAUAGUCAGAGUUGUUGUGACAAAUCUACAUCUCCUUGAUCUUCACAUGCAGGUUUCAUUGUUCAAGAGGUUACUUCAUAUGGUCAGAAACCUGCGAGCAGAAUCAGAUCGUAUGCAUGCUCUUGCAUGUAUAUGUCGCACAGCUCUCUGUGUUGAUCUCUUUGUAAAGGAAAGUGUUAGAAGAGGACAGAAACCCCUUGCAGGAACUGAUAUUGCUUCACUUUUUGAGGAUGUGAGUAUAAAAAAUGACCUUAAAAGUGUAACUAGUAAAAGCUUAUUUCGAGAGGAGUUAGUUGCUUCGUUAGUGGAAAGUUGUUUUCAGUUGUCUCUUCCAUUGCCUGAGCAAAAUAAUUCAGGUACAGAGGGUAGAGUUAUUGGAGCCUUAGCUUAUGGUACUGGUUAUGGUGCAUUAAACUGGACAGAACCAGCUCUGGAUGUGGUGGAAAUUUGUAGACCUUGUGUUAAAUGGGACUGUGAGGGCCGGACUUAUGCCAUAGAUUGUUAUUUAAAGUUACUUGUUAGAUUGUGCCAUAUCUAUGAUACCAGAGGAGGUGUUAAAAGGGUUAAAGAUGGAGCUUCUCAGGAUCAGAUUCUAAACGAGACAAGAUUACAAAAUUUGCAACAAGAACUGGUUAAAGACCUGCGUGAGGUGAACACACCAAGGAUAUGUGCCCGGCUUAUUUGGGCUGUUGCAGAGCACAUCAAUCUGGAUGGUCUGGAUCCUCUCCUAGCCGAUGAUCCUGAGGAUCGAUUGAACAUUAUUGUUACUACAAUCAACAAAGUCUUAUUCAAUGGAGAUUCAUCUGCAACUACAUCAAAUAUGCUUCAGGAUGUGCAGGCAGUUCUUCUAUGUGCCCAACGUCUGGGAUCACGUCAUCCUAGGGCAGGGCAACUUUUGACUAAAGAACUAGAGGACUUCAGAAAUAACAGCCUUGCUGACUCAGUAAACAAGCAUCAGUGUCAUCUUAUAUUGCAGAGAAUUAAAUAUGUGAAAAGUCAUCCUGAAAGCAUAUGGGCUGGAGUUAGCGAAAGCAGAGGAGAUUACCCUUUUAGCCACCACAAAUUUACUGUUCAGUUUUAUGAAGCAUCUGCAGCUCAUGACAGAAAGUUGGAAGGAUUGGUUCACAAGGCCAUCCAAGAGCUUUGGCGGCCCAAUCCUAGUGAUCUAACUCUUAUUUUAACAAAAAGCAUAGACUCUACUUACAUCAAGGUCCCUCCAAGUGGAUAUACGUUGACAGGAAGCAGUGAUCCUUGCUACAUUGAAGCGUAUCAUUUGACUGACUCAAUUGAUGGAAGGAGCACCCUGCAUCUUAAGGUUUUAAAUUUGACAGAGCUAGUACUUAAUAGGGUGGAUAUCCGAGUGGGGCUAUCUGGUGCACUAUAUUUCAUGGAUGGAUCUCCUCUAGCAGUGCGGCAAUUGCGUAAUCUUGUUUCUCAGGAUCCAGUGCUUUGCAGUGUGACUGUGGGAGUCGCCCACUUCGAGAGAUGUGCCCUUUGGGUUCAAGUAUUGUACUACCCUUUCGAUGGGAGCGGUGCUGCAGUAGAGUAUGGUGACAGAGAUUAUGCUGAAGAUGAUACACAAAUCAUGAGGCAAAAAAGGAGCUUAAGACCAGAACCUGGAGAGCCAGUGGUCUUGAAGUGUCACCCAUACAAGAUUCCGCUAACCGAUCUCCUUUUGCCACACAAAAUCUCACCUGUCGAAUAUUUCCGCCUAUGGCCUAGUUUACCGGCUAUACUCGAGUACUCAGGUGCAUAUACAUAUGAAGGAAGUGGUUUCAAAGCUACUGCUGCGCAGCAAUAUGGUGCUUCUCCUUUUCUUAGUGGACUAAAAUCCCUGUCCUCUAAGCCUUUCCAUAGAGUUUGUUCACAUGUUCUCCGAACAGUGGCUGGGUUUCAAUUAUGUUUUGCUGCCAAAACUUGGUUUGGUGGCUUUUUGGGUAUGAUGAUAUUUGGUGCUAGUGAAGUGAGCACAAAUGUGGAUUUGGGAGACGAGACGACAACAAUGAUGUGCAAAUUUGUGGUCCGAGCCUCUGAUUCAUUGAUCAUAAAGGAGAUAGGAUCAGAUUUACAGGGGUGGUUAGAUGAUAUUACAGAUGGGGGUGUGGAAUACAUGCCGGAAGAUGAAGUGAAUCUGGCUGCGGCAGAGAGGCUGAGAAUCUCAAUGGAACGGAUAGCCUUGCUCAAGGCAGCUCAACCACCACCAAAGCAUUCAAAACCAGAUGAGGAAGAAGAGGAGGAAGAGAAGGAAACAGAUGAGAUUAAAAACAAGGAAAAGAAAGAUAAUGGCGUAGAAGAUGGUAAACCAAAGGGGCCUUCAACCCUAUCGAAAUUGACGGCAGAGGAAGCUGAGCAGCGUGCACUUCAGGCAGCAGUUCUGCAGGAGUGGCAUAUGCUUUGCAAAGAGAGAGGGACAAAAGUUCAUUGACUGUACUUAUUUUUCUUCAGGUUUGCAUUUGGUAGUUGCAUUUUGUUUUCCUCUUCCUUU